ACCAAGCACGACUUUCAACGCGAGCGAUUCCAGUCUUACAUACAAGACAUAGAGACCAUUGUGGCCCCCCUGAUUUCUGACGAAUACGAUGCUACCACCAAUGAUGAGUUCUACGACCUCGUUAUGAAGAAGCACUACAAUGUCGUCGUCUCCAACUGCCUGUUGCUUGUCCUCAAAAUCAUCAACUUUGAGGAGCGCGGAGGCGGCCGUCUGCAGAACAAAGGGUUUGCGCAACUACGCCAGCGUGAGGAGCGUGGUGUGCGAGAUCUCAGACGGAACGAAGAGAAGCACUGUACUGAGUUCUUGCGUUCUCUCUGCGCGGCUGGAGAGACCUGUAACGCCGACAAAGGACAUACAGGGGUGUUUACCGGUGCAGGGUUGACACAAUGUCUUUCACCUCUCGGACCGUUCCCACAUCGGCCUGGGCUCCUGUACGACUUCCGACUCGGUAUCCGAAAACUUGUACAGACCCUUAACGGCGCUUGUACAUAUCAGGGCAGAGGUGUCUACGAGAUUGACAAGAACAAGCUCGCUCAGGCGUUUCAUCGGCGCUGGCUAUAUUGAAUGGGCGUUGUCACAGCAUGCCACCAAUGAAAGGGGACCGGCCCCAGAGGAAGACCUGGC